AUGGAAACGAUUUAUUCUGGCAUUAUGCAUGGGAGGCGUGGAGAAAUUCAUGAGGCUUUGGCUGCUUAUAUUAAUGCUCUUUUAUUGGAACCGAGUUUCGUGCCUUGCAAGAUCUUGAUUGGUGCUGUGUUGUCUUCAAGGGGCUCAAAAAUGUUGCCCGUGGCAAGAACCUUACUAUCAGAUGCAUUGAGGAUUGAACCUACCAAUCGUAUGGCUUGGUAUCACUUGGGAUUAGUUCACAGGGAUGAUGGGCGGAUAGCUGAUGCUGCAGACUGUUUCCAGGCAGCCUCCAUGCUUGAAGAGUCUGAUCCCAUUGAGAGCUUCAGCAUUAUGCAUGGGAGGCGUGGAGAAAUUCAUGAGGCUUUGGCUGCUUAUAUUAAUGCUCUUUUAUUGGAACCGAGUUUCGUGCCUUGCAAGAUCUUGAUUGGUGCUGUGUUGUCUUCAAGGGGCUCAAAAAUGUUGCCCGUGGCAAGAACCUUACUAUCAGAUGCAUUGAGGAUUGAACCUACCAAUCGUAUGGCUUGGUAUCACUUGGGAUUAGUUCACAGGGAUGAUGGGCGGAUAGCUGAUGCUGCAGACUGUUUCCAGGCAGCCUCCAUGCUUGAAGAGUCUGAUCCCAUUGAGAGCUUCAGUUCUAUUCUUUGA